AUGUCGUUAUUGCAGGAAAAUAGUUCCGAUGAUUUCGAAGAUGAUGAACAGUGUCAAGGUCUAAUCAUUCGUCGAACAAGAAGUUAUUCCACACGAACAGGUCAAUCGAAAUUAACACCACGUGAAACAUCGGAUGCAAAUGCAGUCGAUCAAGCGAUAGCAUGUGCAUUGAAAUCACGUAUAAAAGCUUUUCAUUAUACUCAAAAACAGUUACAAUUUCUUCCACCAUCGAUAAAACAUCUUUCCAAAUGGAAUACUUUACGUGAACUUGAUCUGCAUGGAAACCAAUUGAAAUCUCUACCCGAUGAAGUUGGACAUUUGAAAUUCAUAGAAGUUUGCAAUUUAAGUAACAAUCAUUUCGAAGACUUGCCAUUAAUUCUCGGUUCAUUACCACGUCUGACAAAACUACUCGCAUUCAACAAUCAUCUUGGCAAUCUUUCGUCUUCGUUAGUUUUUUCGAAAUUAUCCAAUUUACGUAUUUUGAAUUUGAAUAACAAUUCGAUUACACAAUUACCAGCAGAUAUUGGUUGUUUGAUUAAUCUCGAAAUCUUCACAAUCGAACACAAUCAAUUACUUGAACUUCCACGUGAAAUCGGUCUCUGUACACAUUUGGUUGAACUCCAUCUUGGAUUCAACUCAUUAACUCGACUUCCACUCGAAAUCGGCUAUUUGAUCAAUUUGCAAACAUUAAUCGUACAUCGUAAUGAUCUCCUGGAAAUACCGGAAAGUAUAACUAAUCUGAAAACAUCGUUGAAACAUUUGGAUAUCGCAUGUAACCGUCUUCGUAUCUUUCCGAGUAAAUUUUAUACGUUACAACUUCAUGAAUUUCACAGCGAACACAAUCCACUGUUAGAACGUGUGCCGAUUCAUUCGGUUCAAGAAAAUGAAAUUUUGACAUUGAAAGAAAUCUGUGCGCGUCGAGCAAUGGGAGAAUUAUGUAACACAAACGGUGGUUCUCAAGCCAUUCCUCGUGCGCACUUACAAAAGAAUUCUAAAGCAAAAGACAUUUUAGUACAAUGCACUGAAUGUCAAUUUUGUCAUAAUUAUUUUUUAAAUACUUGGUUAGAAUGUGUUGAGUUUAUCGAUGUCCAACAAACAUUCAAAGGUGCUCAUUCCCAACAAACGACAAUUGCAACUAUUCCACAACGGGUCCUCCUUUGUUCAUAUAAAUGUUUCAAUAAUCCUGACCAUAACUAUUAUGGUGUGGCAUUUGUUUGA